GCAGUGUCUGUGUAAGCAUUCCGCUUCGAGACGCGCACCUCCCUGCGCUGGCUGCACAGUUACUGUGACGCUCGCACGCAGACACGCUCACACAGGCAGUGCUGCUAGUGCGUCGCUGGAGGCUGCAUUUCCAAACGCAGGCAGCCUGGCAUCAUCGUGAUAAUAUUCUCUACAACCAUACCGCCAGGCAGGCUGCGGAUUGCACAAGCGACUCUUUUGUCGUUGUUGUAGUAUACAGGGAUAUUUAACUUAAAAGAAGAAGCUGCCAGUUGACGCUGAAAGAACAGAGGCGUUUUAAAGAGCCCCCGAGCUCUCAGAAUCCUGCCCAACCUGCAAGGGCAUCUGAAAGCAGCCUUCAUCUCAACGAGUGUAACCGGGCGUGUUUCCCUCCUGAGAGGUGUGUAGUUCUGGGAUCAUGUGACAGUGGACUGCCCGGUGACAGGUUUCCUCUUCCAGCAGCAGAGAGAGUGAGGAGGCAGGCAGGGUUCACCCACUCCGUGCCGCUUCGUACCCGAGCUCGGAGAGACGGACUGAGCGAUGGGCGUCGGCAAGAACACCAAGUCUGCGGAGGCAGGGGGCGGAGCCGACGGGAAGUACGACGACGAAUCGAAACAGUCGGAGUCGUUCUAUCCUGUGGUUGUCAACGGAGGAGCCCAGUCUAACGGGGACCAAGACACUGAAGACACUGAGCUCAUGGCAAUCUACUCCAAAGAGAACGGCACCACGGAGAAGAGCUCUCUAUCAGAGACGUUGGACAGCGCUACCAGUCUGGACGCCCAGCGUAUGGACAUGAUCUACACUAUUGAAGACGUCCCUCCCUGGUACCUCUGUGUAUUUCUGGGCAUGCAGCACUAUCUGACGUGCUUCAGUGGCACCAUCGCUGUCCCCUUCCUCCUCGCUGAGGCCAUGUGUGUCGGGUUUGACCAAUGGGCUACGAGCCAGCUGAUUGGCACAAUCUUCUUCUGCGUGGGCAUCACAACGCUGCUUCAAACAACCUUCGGGUGCAGGCUCCCUCUUUUUCAGGCCAGUGCUUUUGCCUUCCUUGCCCCGUCCCGUGCCAUCCUCUCCCUGGACAAGUGGAAAUGCAACACCACAGAUGUCUCGUUUAUGAACUCCACUCAGUUACUGCACACAGAAGAUAUCUGGCAUCCACGGAUACGAGAGAUCCAGGGUGCGAUCAUCGUCUCCUCUCUGAUCGAGGUCUGCAUCGGUUUUCUGGGGCUCCCUGGGGUUCUCCUGAAGUACAUCGGGCCCCUGACCAUCACCCCCACCGUGACGCUCAUCGGCCUGUCCGGCUUCCAGGCCGCCGGGGAGCGAGCGGGCAAGCACUGGGGCAUCGCCAUGCUGACUAUUUUCCUGGUGCUGCUCUUCUCCCAGUACGCCCGCAAUGUCCAGUUACCCUUCCCAGUCUACAAGUCCAAGAAAGGCUGGACUGCUUACCGUCUCCAGCUCUUCAAGAUGUUUCCUAUUAUCAUGGCUAUCCUGAUGUCCUGGCUCAUCUGCUUCAUUUUCACCGUGACGGACGUCUUCCCCCCCGAAAAGGACAAGUACGGGUACUACGCCCGCACAGACGCGCGCCAGGGCAUCCUGGCCGCAGCCCCCUGGUUCAAAGUGCCCUACCCCUUCCAGUGGGGAGUUCCGACGGUGUCUGCGGCCGGCGUGAUCGGCAUGCUGAGCGCGGUGGUGGCCAGCAUCAUCGAAUCGAUCGGUGAUUACUACGCCUGCGCCCGCCUCUCCUGCGCCCCCCCACCUCCCAUCCAUGCCAUCAACAGGGGGAUUUUCAUUGAGGGGCUCUCCUGUGUGCUGGACGGCAUGUUCGGGACGGGGAACGGAUCGACCUCCUCCAGCCCAAACAUCGGAGUGCUGGGGAUCACCAAGGUGGGCAGUCGGCGUGUGAUCCAGUACGGCGCUGCGAUGAUGUUGCUGCUGGGCAUGGUGGGGAAGUUCAGCGCGCUGUUCGCCUCUCUGCCAGACCCCGUCCUGGGGGCGCUCUUCUGCACGCUGUUCGGGAUGAUCACGGCGGUUGGCCUCUCUAACCUCCAGUUCGUGGACCUGAACUCGUCCCGGAACCUCUUCGUUCUGGGGUUCUCCAUCUUCUUCGGGCUGGUGCUGCCCAGCUAUCUGAAAGAGAACCCACUGGUCACAGGUAUCGAGGGGAUUGACCAGGUCCUGAAUGUCCUACUGACCACGGCCAUGUUUGUUGGCGGCUCCGUGGCGUUCUUGCUGGACAACACCAUCCCAGGCACGGCGGAGGAGCGCGGGAUCAAGAAGUGGAAGCGAGGGAUUGCCAAGGGGAAUUCCGAACUGGAGGGCAUGGAAUCCUACGACCUGCCCUUCGGAAUGUCUUUCCUCCGGAGGUACCGGAUAUUCCAGUACAUGCCCAUCAGCCCCACCUUCGCGGGGUACAGCUGGCGGCCCUGCGCCAAGAAGGGGACCCCCGAAAACAGAGGGGCGCAGGAGAGCGGCGGAGGGAGAGAGCUGGGGGUAUAGCCUGGGUAGGGGGGGGGUACCGUGAUGCGACCCCCAGGUAGAGUGGGGGGGGCCGAGGUUUUAGUUUGUUUGAAGAUUUUUAAAACGUUUUAAAAAGUGCUUUUUAUUUAUUUAUUUUUUUUUUAAAGCAGAAAUGCACUAUUGAAAUUCUGAAAGGAAAUUUUGAAAUUAUUAACAGUAAUUGAACCCGGCUGUGCAAGUACAUUAGAAAUCCCGUUUGUAGUUGGAGCUUUCUGACUUGUCUGUGCUUGUUAUAGGAGGUCGCAAGUUCUUUUUCAGACUAGAUACUGUAACAUAUGACCUUGCACUUGUAAUACAUAGUCUUAAUCCAGAGGACUGAAAGAUCCUUACCGACCAAAAAAAAAAAAAGUUUCCUUCAAAUCAUUUUUUUAAAGCGUUUUUUAAGACUUUGAAGCCGGCCCUCCUAACAGAGAGUAUAUCUGUGUGUGUACCUAUCUAUCAACGUAUAUCUGUCUACCUGCUGAAAAUCUUGAAACUGCUCUUGUCUGUUCUCCUCAUGGUCUCAAUAUGCAUCUAGUGAAAGAUCGGCAUUGUACGGAAAACCUGCACCUUAAUGAAAGGUCAUGAAGUUUAUUUUCUGUUUUUUUUUUUUUUUUUUGUAUUGCUCCAGUGAGGAAAACGUUGUUAUGAAGCACAGGGCCCUGAUUCUCAAGCAAGUUGAAAUGUCCCACAGAUUCUGUUAGGAAGGCUUGGUGACCUGUAAGCGGGCACUUUCAGAGCGGAUUUCUGAUCGUUACUGUGCGCUUCAGAGCUCAGCCAUUACUGCGCGAGUCAGGGAGGCACAAAUCUGCUCAGCUGAUUCUCAACGUGGCCUUUUUCAAACAAGAAAAAUCUUUUUCGCAACUUUUAAAAAAAAGUUUGCUAAGCUAGUUGCAGACAGAUAAAACUGCGUUACCAUAAAAGUUUUGUUGAAGUUUUGCAAGUUACUGAAACGCACAUCUUCUAGGAUACCAAAACAAAUGUGCCAAUUUUUUUACACUGGAGCAAUAAAAAUAAAAAAAAUCUCUUAGAUGGGAAUUAAAACUCCAAUUGCAUAGCAGCGCAAGCUAUUCCAGGUUUUACUGUGAGCUUCUGUUAUCGUGUUGCGUUCAGCCUGCUGUGCAAUACGAGUGCGCUGCAGGAGUCUGCGUUUGACCGGCUCUCGCGGCUGCAGUUGCAGUGUUCGCCCACCAGGUGGUAGCCAGGAGCACUUUAGCGUGGUUCAGAGGCUCCCUCUCCUGGUUUAGAGAGGGUACUGCAGCUCCAGGUAUCUGCGGUGUUGAAUCAAAAACCAUACUACAGUGGCUUUAAAAAUUCACUAGAGAGCGCGGUCGAAACGCGGCUUAAAUUCCCAGCCUUGGGGGUAAAACCUUCUGUAAGUAGAUGUUAAUUAUAAAUAGUACUGUCAUUGUUAUUAUUAUUAUUAUUAUUAUUGUUGUCGAUGUUCAAACUUGUUAUAGAAACGAAAUGAAUGGUGGUGUCUAUGCAGUGUGUCUCAUUGCAGAGUAUUUAUUUUUUACUUCUAGUUUUUCUUUAGAUUAAUGGAGUGUCAGUACCUCCUGUUGGGGGGGUGGGGGGGGGGGUAUAUAUGCUACAUUUGUGUAUUUAUUCAAUCAGUCACCUGUUAGUUGCCUAACACCUCUGUUAAAUACUAAACUAAGAGAUGUUUCUUCAUUAGGGUCGUUAAGAAUGGAGGGUUAGGAUCCCGACCCGUCUUUUAUAGACCUCGUGUAUUUGAUAUUUCUGGCCUUUUGAAAUGGGAAGACUCUUCCUAUAUACAUAUAAACGUCCACCCGCUGGCUCUCUCAUCUCUGCUGCUGCAGCAAGAGAGAGAAAGAGGAGACUGGGAGUUUGUACCUCUACAGAUUCCUUGCAGUAUAGCAGGGGUCUCUGGAGAGAGACAGGGUCGUUUUCACACCAGCUGAGUUCUCAGUUACUUCAUUGAACACUUCAUUGAACUACUCAUUAGCUUAAUUAGACCUUUUUAAUUGUUUUCAACUUUUAAACAGUUGGAGAUUUCAAGUUAACUAUUCCAUUUUAUAAGUAACUUGAAAUCUGGAACUUGUUAGGUGCUAAGGUCUAAUUAAGCAAAUUAUCAGUUCAAUUACGGGUCUAGUUAAGUAAUUGAGAGAUCAGGUUUAAUGAAAACCAGGAGACCCAGGACUGGGGUUGAGAACCGCUGGUGUAGAGGACAGGAAGUAUAGCUUUAUGUUUCCUGGGGGGGGGGGGGGGGGGAAGAGUUUAAAAAUACUUUUUUUUUGUAUUUUUUUUAUUAUCAUUAAAGACUUUCUACCCCACCCCCCUCCCGAAAAAAGAUAUAUAUCUAGAUAUAUAAAUAUAUAUUUUUUAAAAGAAUUAAAAGUUUAUAAGCCAGUCACAUUUGUUUACCUGUUUUUGUUAAAACAAAUGCAGCUACAAUACGGGGCCAAACCCUCUCUUGCAGCGAGUACAAAGUUGGUUUUAAUCCACACUACUUGAAUGCGUCUGUGUUUUGUAUUGUCUGGCUGGGCUGCAGUUCUGGCAUCUGCCCACCAGAUGGUAGCAAGGAGCCUCUCUUUAUUGUGAGGCUCAGGAUCGCCAUCUGGUGGAAAAGAAGGGUACUGCAGCUCCUUCUUGCACGCAAACAAUUGGAGCCUUAGGUCCAAAAGCAACAUUUUCUCAAGUCAGAGUUUAAUGGUUAUCAAUAAUAAGAAUUAUAUUUGAAUAUGUGACAGUUUUGCUGGCUUUGUUAGAUGAUUUGAACAGUACACACAGUAAAGAAAUCAAUUCAUUGUAUCUCAAUAAAACAAAGUGAAAACAAUAAGUAUAGCCUUGCAUGUUCUCUCGUUCUUGCACCUGUAUGUAAUUCCCCAAAUUCACCUCCUCCCCAUGCAAAUGUAAUCAACCCAGGGCUGAGAUGGAAGCAAUGCCACUGUGAGAUUGUGGCUGUGAUGUCAGACCGACCAUUGAAAUGAACUGACAUCUUCUAUUGCUGUUCAGCCCACAACCUGACCUGGGUUCAAAUUGCUUUCUGUCUUUUGAAGAUCUGCAAGCCGCUAGUGUUAAUAAAUGAGAACUGUUACAAAGGGGAACGUUUAUAGAAGAGGGGGAUUCUGGGUACAAACAAUAGCUGAAAAUGAAAUCCUUACUAUGGGAGGAGUUUCACUGUUAAUGGAGCAGAUUAAAAAAUGUUCUAAUAAUUACAAAGUAACCUGUCCUCAAAUGAGGACAGUGGCACUCAAUGGGUUAAGGUGCUUCAAUAGUAAAUAUUUCAUUUUUGAUCGUUGCUUGUGUGUCGGGGUGGGGGGGUACCCCUUAAAUUCCGAGAAGGGGACACUCUGUAGUGAUGCCAUCAUUUCGUUCGAUCAAUGGUGUAACGGGUAACGGUGAUUGUGUGUGUAUUUUCUUGGAGUUCGUUUCUUUGUUGCUGCAGUGGGAUUACACGUCCCCCAGUCUCUCUGAUCUCUCCAGCAGUGUCUGUCGUGAGUGUUUAACAUCGCCACUGCAACCGAUAUUUAACAGCCAGUUUCAAUCCCAGAUUUCCAAGUGAAAACGAUUUAUUCAUUUUAAAAUAACUACAGUUUCGGCAACAAGUCUUUAUCAUCUCGGAAGUUGACAGACUUAAAAUAAAGAGCCCUGCAAAACUUUAAACACUCAAUCAAGGACGUACUUUAAGUCUAGCAGAGAAUGUUUUGGCCUGAAGGCUUCAUCAGCUAAAUCAAAGAGUCAGUUCUGAUCUAAUGCCUCCCGGUUAUAUCAGGCAGACAAACCCUCGUCCACUAGAGGGAGUACUGGAGCCGAUGUCAGCUCCACUCAGUGUGUGCAGAAUGCGACAGUCUGGCCUGUUGUUCUAAUGACACAUCUCGCCACAAUCUUUCAACUGGACUAUCAAGUCCAGAUCCUCCCCUGGUGUAGUGCAUUGUUAAACAUCCUUGAUCUAAACUGCUUUCAUUACCUUUUCUCUUCUGAUUUUGUAUUUAUUUAUUUAUUUUUAUUUACUACGAAACCCUUCUCCUCCCUCCUAAACGUUUAUCUGCGACACGCUUGCACACUCCCUGCUUGCUGAUCGCUGAGUCUGCCUUCUACCCGAGAGACCAGACCCCAAACCUCGCUCUGCUCUCGCCCUUUACUUUGCAAUUGUAUCUGUGCCUCUUAAUGUAUUAAUAGAACUAGGAUUCACAUCUCAUAGGAGUAGCUCAGUCUGGAUUUUAAAUCUUUGUGAAAGUCCAAACUUUUGAUGAGUGCAAUUACGAUCCAGCUACAACACUAUAAGUUCACCAGCUCCAACCUCACUGUAAGUUUAAUGGUUCUUUCCCUGUUCACAUCCUGUGUUACAGGUACUUGGGCCCCACCUGAUACCGUGCCGCACUAUGUGCGGUUUAGGUGGGGGCCCUAUUUUCUGUAACACAGGAAGUGAAGUUAUAGUGUGGUGUCGUUGAAUCUCCUGGCAGGUGAGAACGUGGUUUUAACCCUUAACUAACAGGCAGAGUCUUGCGUAGACAUGAAUACUAAUCCUGCUCUGCUCUGAAUCUGACACUUGUUCCAGGCUCCGAAUGGCUGUGUUGUGGGUGCCGCUGCGACGCACAGAGUAACGGAUGUUACAAUCAGUUCAUUAAGCUUCAGCACGCGGGGAGCUGUUCUCUCUCGUACGUUUUGAGAAUAAAACACAAAAAAAGUGUCUGAUUCAUGAGAAAUUGUAGCUUUUAAAAUGCUUUUCAUUGCAACUUUCGUACAAUUCGCCUGCCAUUUGGCGACUGUAUCCACUUUGAAUUGCCUGCCACUGUACUAUAGAUCCACUUCCUGUGCAGCGGGUAAUAAGGUCCCUUCUGAUCCCGCAUGUACAACACAGUGGGCAAUUUGCCUAUAAAACACAUUUAAGUCUGCCUCAAAUCUGCAUGCAGUUUGCCCAUAUGGAGGCCAACGAGUGUGUGGUUCAGGCAGGGUGCCAGUAUCCACUGCACAGAACUAUAAAUAAUGACUAUAGGGUGAUAUAGUGGUGGCUAUUGUGUUGUAUUAUUCUGCAUGGUAUACUGGAGUAAACUGUCAGGUUUUAGAGCAUUUUACAGCACUGGCUGUCUUAGAGCAUCAAGCACAUCCAUGUUGAUUACCUUUAUAUUGAUAAUAUUGAUUUUGUAUCAAACUCCAUAAAUAAAUUUCAUAAAUACAGACGGCUGGUGUUGCAAUCCAGGGAGAUUCCCUCGUGCUGUAAUCUGCGCUUAAGAUCCAGCUGGGGCUGAUCAAAUGGACCCCUUGUUGUUAAUCGAAGUAAAGCUGCUAAUAUGAGUAUCAUGAUAACACUGGUGAGAGAUUGCUUGCAGGAAGGAGCUGUCCCGCUGCUGUGAGAGGUUUAUUGCUUGGUUUGUACCAGACCCUGGAUUCAGUUACAAUGACAAUGCAAUUCUGUACAGCUAUAAUUGGUUACAAAUAUGCUGCAGUGAUUAAAAUUACACUAAAAAGUAACCUAAAACAACUACAUAUAUAAACAUGUUUACUCUGAACCCAGAAAUAAUCACAGCUACAAAUACAGAAACAUGCUGUGCAAUUUUUUUUUUUUUUUCUCAAACAAACGAGGUCAUCAAAAGUGGUUGCAAAUACAAGAGUAAUGAAUCGAAUGACAAAUGUGUAAUUGACUGUAGUGGAUCAGUGGUAUCAUUCUAAUUAUGCAGGCGUGCCACGGUUCAAGUGCACACAAAUUGUAGUUUGCCCUCGGUCUGGUUUGUACAGUUCAGAAAUGUCCUAAGAGUUUUUAUAAAUAUAAAUGUACUCCAGGUGUCUGCAAAUGUAAAAUGAAACAAUUGUGCAAAAUGUAGACAUGUUAUUAUUGCAUGCAAAGAGACAAGCCUUUCAAUUUUAUGAAAGGGAUAUCGAACCUGAAACUGAAGUGCUGACAUCAUCAUCAUCAUCAUCAUCAUCAUCAUCAUCAUCAUCAUCAUCAUCAUGUUUUCUUGUAUUAUUAUUUUCAAAUGCAUAUUUGCGAUGGAAUUGGAUCCAAGAUCCUUUCAGGCUGAAAAACGCAUAAAUUCUUUCUUUCUGUUUUUUUUAAAGAAAAAGACUGCUUGUGUUUUUAAAGGUAGUAGCUCUAUUGUGUUUUUUUCAUCAUAGUUAGAAUUUUUCAUAAUGUAUUUUUUUCUAACAUUGCCUCCUGUUCAUGUUUUAAAAUGUUCAAUAUAUUAAAGUGUGCUUUUAAUAACCUGAACCAGAUCUUGUGCUUAAAUAACAAUGACCCUGUUUUACUCUGUAUUCCGCAGACUGUCUGUUUAAUAAAAGCUCAUGUUGAAGAGAGAUCUUU